GCCUAGCUCAACCUAUGUAUUUUCUGAACACGCCAUUUUCCGUCGACCACAGACGAGUAGCCCACACGGAGGAGCACAGAAAGCCUGAGCUCCACACCAUCCGCAAUCACGGAUUCCGCCAUGCACCGUGACUGUCCGCUGGACUGCAAAGUCUAUGUCGGUAAUUUGGGCAACAAUGGAAACAAGACUGAGCUGGAGAGGUCGUUUGGCUACUAUGGGCCUCUCCGGAGUGUUUGGGUGGCCAGGAACCCCCCAGGCUUUGCAUUUGUAGAGUUUGAAGAUCCUAGAGAUGCCACUGAUGCAGUGCGUGAGCUGGAUGGAAGGACGUUGUGCGGGUGCCGUGUACGAGUGGAGCUGUCAAAUGGUGAGAAACGCAGCCGUACCCGUGGUGCCCCUCCAUCGUGGAGCAGACGUCCCAGAGGAGAACGAGAUGACCACCGGCGGCGCAGUCCACAACAGAGGCGAAGAUCUCCACGUAGGAGGAGCUUCAGCCGCAGUCGUAGCAGGUCUUUCUCCAGAGACAGGAGGAGGGAGAGGUCCCCCUCCAGGGACAGGAACCACAAGCCUUCAAGAUCUUUCUCCAGAUCACGGAGCCGCUCCAGGUCCAAUGAUCGGAAAUAAAGGAACAUGUGAAGGUGUAAAGGGAGCUAAAAAUGAACGGUUGUAUAGACUAUGCCGUUUCUUAAUGGACUUCAACUUUGUUCAUUUUUGUUGGGUUUUUUAAAAACAAUCAAGCAUUUUAGUGUCCCUACUGUUUUGCUGUUAUUGUGAUUUUCAAAUACUUUUUAGUGGGCGUGGACGGGAGUGACCCCUCACAGAAAUUGUUUGUCUCCUUUGUCCCAAAACAGCUGUACCACCUAGCAUUCCACUUCAUCAGUAACUCUUGAUACCUUUUGGGUUUUUGAAUGUACUGUGUAGUUCGACAUAGUGUUCGUAGUUCUUCGUUUUCAUUGUGUAAACACCAGCAUUUUUUUAUUUUUUCAAGGAAGGACUGGGACGAUGUGUAAUUGCGUCCCCGUUUGUUUGUCUCUAAAGCCAAUUUAUUAUCAGCCUGAGACUUUCCUCAUACUGAAGGUUUUCAUCUGUUAAUGGAGAUGCAAAAUUGUUAACACGUGUCUACUUUUGGUCUAUGGUGUUUUUCCAUUAUUUUAUUGUUUCAUACUCAGUGAAACAGUCUCAAUAAAAACUACUGGUUGUUAAA